AUUUGAAUAGUAAAAGGAUUAUAGUAGGUUUUGCUUUGCUAUUUACGUAUCUAUUAAGUCAAGUAACAUUAAAUAAGGUGCACAUGAAUGAAGGAAAUGACUGCUUUAGUAUAUAAAGUCGGAAGUUGAUAUAUCUGCGGUAGGAAAUGGAGAAAUGGGUUGAGAAGAGCAACAUUUACGAGAAAAUAUCUCAAAUUCUCAAAUGGGUAGACCUUUAUCGACUUAAGAAUGAUUUAGGGAAAGCGACAUAAUAAAAACGAUCAUUUCCAUCAAAACGAACGAAACCGUUAGUUUAAUCUAAACGAAUCUUCCUUCGCGAAAAAUGUAGUGUAAAGUAGUGUUUGUACGCGCGGUAAAAGUGCGGGAUUCGCGAGUGAAAACGUGAUGAAAACCUUCUUUUAAUAUGGAAUUGAGGCACCGAUUUUUGGAUGUGGGAGUCAAAAUCGGGCGGAGUAUCCACAUCGCUGAAAGCUUUAAAGAUGAAUUUGCGGUUGUAAAUUUUUAUCCGGGAGGCCAGUGGAGUUGAUUUCGUCCUGAUUGACAGAGGUCCAUGUAACGUGGAUCUACCGACGGGGUAAUGGUGCUCUUCGAAGCCUUUAUUACCCUGCUGUUAGUAACCAACACUGCUAAGACAGAGCAGAUGGCAGUGUUGGUAUCCGGACAGAUAGUUUUGGGAGGCUUAAUUCCCAUCCACGAAAAGGGCGAAUCGUCACCAUGUGGGGACAAAAUUUACAACCGCGGUGUCCAAAGGUUGGAAGCGAUGUUAUUCGCUAUUGAUAUGAUAAAUGCGGAUCCCGAUCUACUACCAGGAAUAAUAAUCGGGGUCCACAUUUUGGAUACUUGCUCUAGAGAAACGUACGCUUUAAACCAAACCCUACAAUUUAUAAGGGCUUCCUUAAACGCCAUUGACUCUUCAAUCUUAGAAUGCGGCGAUCAUUCUUUGCCUCGGUUUAAGUUUAACUUUACCGGCCCUGUCUUUGGCGUAAUUGGUGGUUCCUACAGUACAGUAUCGUUACAAGUGGCCAAUUUACUUGGUUUAUUUCACAUUCCUCAAAUAUCACCCGCAUCUACUGCCAAAGCUCUGAGCGAUAAGUCUCGAUUUGAAUAUUUCGCUCGGACUGUACCACCUGAUACCUUUCAAUCAAUCGCCCUUGUCGAUAUUGUCACAAGCAUGGGUUGGUCUUACGUCUCAACCGUUUACUCCGAAGGAUCUUAUGGAGAGCAUGGGAUAGAGGUAUUCCAUAAAGAAGCCCAGGAAAGAGACGUUUGCAUUGCCGUGUCCGAAAAAGUACCACGAACUGCUGACGACAAACAAUUCGAUAACAUCAUUAACAAAUUAAGAAAGAAAAGCAACGCCAAAGCCGUAAUUCUAUUCACCAGGGCUGAAGAUGCAAGAGGGAUAAUGCAAGCCGUUAAACGUUUGAACGCAUCCAAUGAGUUCUACUGGGUUGCAAGCGACGGAUGGGGUAAACAGAAGAAGAUAGUCGAAGGGGUUGAAGAUCUCGCUGAGGGAGCCAUCACUGUGGAAUUGUCGUCGUCUAAUGUACCUGGUUUUGAUGAAUACAUGCAAAGCUUGACACCGGAAAAUAACAAGAGGAACCCCUGGUUCGAGCAGUACUGGGAAGAUACAUUCGGAUGCGUUCUGCCAAAAAAUGUCCCUCUCGUAACAGAUAAGCCAUUCAACGUCUGCCCACCAGACUUGAAAUUAUCCGAAAAAGUUGGAUACGAACAAGACAGCAAGGUACAGUUUGUGGUUGAUGCCGUCUACGCUUUUGCCUAUGCAUUAAAUAACCUUUACCGAGAUGUUUGCUUGAAAAAGAAGAGAUUCGGCGUUUGCCCUGAAAUGAAGCAGUACGAUACUGGGGACUUUUACAAAAAAUAUCUCCUCAACGUCUCCUUCAUAGAUCUUGCCGGAAAUCCCGUUCAAUUCGACGAAAGAGGUGAUGGACUUGCUCGCUAUGACAUCUUGAAUUUCCAAAAAACUGACAACGGUUUAGGCUAUCAUUACAAACUUGUCGGUAAAUGGUUCAACAAACUCGAAUUAAAUCACAGCGAAAUAAUUUGGAAGAACAAUGUCAGUGAUAUACCGAUCUCAGCCUGCUCUCUACCAUGUGGACCUGGAAUGAUCAAGAAGCAACAGGGCGAUACUUGCUGCUGGAUAUGCGAUAAAUGCGAAGAUUUCGAAUACGUUUUCGACGAAUUCACCUGCAAAGAUUGCGGCAACGGAUCCUGGCCGUAUCCUGACAAGAAAUCGUGCUACCCGCUGGAAAUUCAGUACUUGAACUGGUCGUCACCUUUUGCCCUGAUCCCUCUCGCAUUCUCCGUCCUCGGAAUUAUUGCAACCCUCUCAGUUAUAUGCCUAUUUAUAAAACACAAUGACACGCCAUUAGUCCGCGCUUCUGGAAGAGAGCUCAGCUACAUGCUCCUAGUUGGCAUUCUGCUUUGCUACAUGAAUACGUUUGUUCUCUUGGCUAAACCAACCACAGGCAUAUGCAUUGGACAAAGAUUUGGCAUUGGUGUCAGUUUCUCCAUCAUUUACGGCGCGUUGCUCACAAAAACAAACAGGAUUUCAAGAAUCUUCGAUUCGGCCUCCAGAUCGGCCAAACGUCCCAAGUACAUCAGUCCAAGAUCCCAAGUUUGCAUCACUUCCGGCCUCAUUGCUAUUCAGAUUAUACUCACCUUGGUAUGGAUGGCCCUCGAAUACCCCGGUACCAAAUUCUACUAUCCCAGCCGCAAACAGAUCAUAUUGAAAUGCAAGAUUCAGGACAUGUCCUUUUUGUUUUCUCAACUUUACAACAUGCUUCUUAUUACCAUAUGCACCGUCUAUGCAGUCAAGACUAGAAAAAUUCCGGAAAAUUUCAACGAAUCAAAAUUCAUAGGAUUCACGAUGUACACCACCUGCGUUAUUUGGCUUGCUUUCGUCCCGAUCUACUUUGGAACAGGAAAUUCAUAUGAGAUCCAGAUAACAACCCUCUGCAUAGCGAUUAGCAUGAAUGCAACAGUGGCUUUGGUUUGCCUCUAUUCUCCAAAACUUUACAUUAUUCUCUUCCACCCCGACAAGAAUGUGAGAAAAUUAACAAUGAAUACUGCAACUUACAAAAGGAGUCAUUCAACUCCAGGCUCUAGUCACACUCCAUCAUCAGCUGCUAACAAAGUUUGGAUAAUAUCAAAUUUAAAUCAAACUUACACCGCAACUACUGCAGCCACCGAAAAAUAGACACAUACUAUAUGCAUACACAAUGACAGACAUUCAGAAUGAUACUAAAAUGGGAACGAAAAAAAAAAUUGAAUUGAUACUGAACCGGAAAACAUUAAAUAGACAAACAUAAAACACCUACUAAGACAGUCUUACAAUAAAUAUUGUACCUAAAAAUCAACAGAUACAUUGAAAGAAGAAAUCGACAACUAUUGUACUUAAACUUCUUUCGAAGGAAUACUUACCUGCACUUUCUGAGUAAGUACUUUUUUGUGGUUUUGCUUAUGUAACCUGCGGCAUUCUGGGGAGGAGGUACGCGAAAGAAGGUAGGGUAAGAAAAGGUUCCCCGGCAGGAGAGGUGCAGAAAUCAAACGAAAAAAAAUAAUUUUUGAGAUCACCAUAAGAUUUUGGAUACGGGAUUAUUUCGAACCUCUCCCUUCGGGGAUUCCCGUCCACCACCCCUCCUUCACUCCCUUUCGUACCACAGGUUACUAUAGCAGCAUCGAUUUCUAGAAGAUUAAGGUAGUUAGUUUAUAUUUUUCCUUUUUUAAGGGGUUUGGACGUUCUGGGAUAGACGAAGAUUCCAAUGGGUUCUUCUUGCCCCAGUUAUGCUCCCCCAAAUUUACAAAUAUGCUAAUUUUAGCGAAUUCAUGUAUCAAUCAGUUAAACCUUACCCUACUCAUCGAUCCCUCAGCUUCCAAUUAAAAUCACCUUAUAAUUGAAUAAUAUCACCAAACAAUUUUUUUUUCGCGAUUUUUCUGAAAAUAACCGGUUGCUACGCGAUUUCAUUAAUUUUCGCAUAUUAGCCAAGCUAAUUUUAAUUCAACAUCAAUAUAGUUCUAAAUGUGGUUAUCAGUGUUCUUACAUAUUAACGUAAAAGGUCUGCAUUGACCUAAUAAAGCAAAAUACGCUUUUCUUUGUACAAAAUACUCAAAUCACAUCUCCAUAAACAAUUCAAUAUUCUUUUCGUUUUUGUUUUUAUAUAUGUUUUUUAUUUUUGUCAUCAUUAAUUUAAUUUAAGGUUCUUCUAAUUUUUAACUUAUGAAAGGAAUCAUAGCAGACGUUUUUGAAAACGAAUGAUACGAAAGAAAUAUGAUUACCGGUAAAUAAUUAUUAAUAAAAACUUAUUCAAAUUGAAGAUUUGAACGUAUAAUUAUUCCCUCCAUUCCAGUAUGUCAAACGUUUUUGCGUAUUUUGAUCAGUCUAGAUGUUUACGUGUUGGCGGUGGGGGUAUUAUUGCUUUAUUCCGCGAAUUUAAUGCUUUAAUCGUAACAAUCAAAUAUUUUUGGCUUCGUUAUUGAUUAAAUUCAGUAAUUUAUAACAGUAAACGUUUUGGAAAACGUAUGGUUUAGAAAAUAUAACAAUCGGCAAGAUUCAAAAUCAGUCAAAUCAAAUAAUUUACAAUGUGUCAAAAGAGAUUGCGGUUUCCGCUUUCCGGUCAGUAGUGCGGUUGGCGUGGUCGUGGUCGCGUUGUUCUCGGUUUGUUCAUGUGUUAGAGAGAUUUUUAAAAGCUAAUAAAAAAAUAAAACAAAAGAAAUACCAUUUUUUACGUUCAAGAUCUUCAAGUCUUGCAGUUGAUGUUCGUGGUCAGUUAGCUAUUAUUUAAUUUACUAUCAAAAUGGGUUCCUCAAAGUGCCGAUCGGAGAAUAACGUACCUAAAACGUAUUGUUUUGUUUUCGAUUGUUUUUAUUUGUGAAUAAAGCUGUAAUCGUGAUAAUAAUGAAAGUGAUAGUUAUGUGUGUACGGGUCAAUUUUAAUUAAACAAUGAAUGUAGAUACGCUUUUCAUACGGUGAACGUUGAAUUCUAACCUAAAAACAUCAAAUCACAUUGGGAAUGUUUGUGAUAUCAAGGAAAACUUAUUGUUCAUGGUAAGCAAUUUUUUACACUCCAAGUUUAAUUUGUGGAAAUUAUGUAACUAAUUCUCGCUUUAAAUAUUGCGGUACGUGCUUGCGUUGUAAUAUUAACCGUUAUAAUAUGGAAAAGGUUAUUUGAAAAUUAAGAUAUGGGUAACAACCAACAUUUAUAAAUUUGUAAAACAGUGGAGUAAUAACAGUUCCGUGGGGAUUUGAAUGUAGAUAAUUAGAUAUUGUCUUAAAGUCGAAAUUGGCUUUAUUGAAAAUAUUUCCCCCAAGAUCUCCGUUUUUAUUAAUAACAUAUUGGAAUGUUGCAAUAUAACAAGCUUUUGAAAAGCAGUAAAAAAGGCGAACGUGUAUUAUUAAGCGUUCAAUACUUAAUUUUACACAAUUGUCGUACCUGUUAGGUACACACUUUCUUUUUUUUUCCCUAUAAUUUUAGUAUCUCUUUAGUUAAAUCAGCACAUUCAUAAAAAAUUUUGAAACAUCUUUUCGAAUAUCCGUGUCUCUAAAUGGAAGUCAAUUGUUACUGUUUGGUGUUAUUACAAUUUGUCGACGUAUAAUACAUACUCCAACAAUGUUAAAUGUUUCUUAAAAUACUAAAAAUUAAUACAACAAAGCGUAGCAGUUUCUAAAAUAAUUAAACAAUAGUACUUGUCUUUCCAAUUUUUUUAAUAGUCGUUAUUGCAGCUGUUACACGUAAUAUAAACGUCGUAUGUUUUUAGAUUGGAAGUCAUAAAAUCGAAUGACUAAUAAUUUAAUUAAUUUUUAAUAACUUUUUCGACUUGCGAAAAAGAAUUAAUUUUUACCGUAGUAUUUAUUGUUUGUGAUUCAUGGCAGAAAUAACUAUAGGAACACAACAGUGUUAUUUAAUGUUUUAGUCCGUCUACUUAUGCAAUGUACCUACUUACGUGAUAUAAAUGUUGCCUAACUUUCAAAUCGGUGUUAUAAAUGGAAUUUAUUGUUAAUGGCUAUUAUUCAACUACAUUUACCUUGAUAAUAUCUGAAACUUGAUAAUUCUCAACCUCUUAACGUUUAAGUAAUAAUUCUCGUUUAUUUCCCUCUUUUUUUUUAAUACACAUAGUAACGAUAUAUCGGAUCAAAAACGUAAACGUGCUUGUUGUAUUUAACUAUAUUAAAAACAUUCCUGUUCAUCCUGUGAUUGAUGUUAUAAGAUAUCCAAACUGUCGUUCAAAACUUUCUCCUAAAAUAAAGAUUAUGUCUGUUGUGAAAAUUAUGGGUUGCUAGUUUUGUCUAUUUAUAUUCUUUAAAAUUGGAAAAUAAGAAACACUUUCAAUUGAAAUAUUGUUUAUACACAGUAUAAUAGAACAAAAAAUACAAAAUACUAUUCAUUAAUGUUCAUUUAUUUUACAUAGAACAACAGUUUCCACUGUUGGUUUUUGUCCCUUGAAAAUAGUGUUACUGUGUUUUAAAUAUAAUUCUAGUUGUUUUUCCCAAUUUUAAGCAAUGUAAAAGAUAACAUUCUGUAUCCCAAGAUGAAACAUAUCAAAAAUAUGCGUCUAAAGCGUAUUUACUUCACCUAAGUACCUAAAAUAUUUGUAUUAAAAUAAGCUAUACAUACUCGUUUUAGUCAUUCAUGUAUGCAGUUGUUUAUUUUUAACAUCUUAUAAAAAUAAUCGAUGUUAUUCCACAUUAUACAUAAAUAAAAAGCGCAUUAUGAUUUGCACAAUUUUUAUUAAAUAAGUUUAUGUUGUUUCGCCACACUGUCGCUUCUUCUCAGAAGUUGCAAUGGAAACGUUACAGUUAAGCUCACUUAAUAAAUGUUGUGAAUCUCAUACUGUGCUUCGUAUUUAUGUAUUUUAUAAAUGUUUCUUUGUAAUGUUAAGAAUACUACUGUUGCUUGCGUGUUACAGAAUUUAAAUUAUAUGAUAAAAGUUAAAUAAAAUAUAUGUGUCAGGCAAUAUUUUUUAAAUACCUAAACUGUACCACCACCAUCAUUCUCAAAGCACCGAAUUUAAACAAUACAUUGAAAUGUUUUUUCAUCAUUUAUUAGAAAAGGAAAAGCAUUUAAAUUUCUUGUACUACUUUAAGUACAAAAACUAAAUAGCCUUGUUUAUUUGAAUACAAGAAGUCACAAAAAUAUGUAGUUUCAUUAAAAACUAUCAACCAACACAAGGAUAACAAUAUUUGAACAGAAUAGUUAUGUAUAUGGAACAAGGUGAUAAAUAAAAACACUUAUAACAUAUUAAUGGGAAAAAAAUUAAAUUCAAUCAACAGACAGAUGAAAAUGUUUGAGCAAUAAUAAGGCAUCCCAAUCGAUCGACAAUUAAUCGAUUUUUUUCACACCUCGAGCUCUCCAUGCUUUUAUCAAGCUCCA